UGCAGGCGAGUGGGACUGACUCGCUCCUGAAGUCAGAUUUCUUUCUGUGUAUGGAGGCUUCAGUACAACAAGCGGCAGCAUUGUGAACCUCGCUGAUCUCACUUCUCUUUGCCUCUCGCUCAUAUUUCCCUCCCGCCGUCUGUUGGUGCGUGACAGUGUGGGAAGGGGACGGGCGGCGAGGAUGAGGUAGUUCAGGUUGUCUCUUGGUUUGUUUGGACUCGGUUGACCGAUGCGGACUAAAGCUCCGACUCGCUCUGAGGAUCCACUGGGCGGCUUUAAAAGAGCGUCUGAUCAGGAUGCGGCGGUGAAACUUGACCAGGAGCGAGCCGAGAUCGUCGCCAAAUAUGACAAGGGAAAAGAGGCCAUCGUGGAGCCCUGGGAGGACACCAACUUCCACCUGUACAAAGUCGUCGACCGCUUCGGCUUCGUUCAUAAGCAUGAUCUUCCAUCCUGCGACUCAGUGGAGGAGAAGCAAAAACACAUGGAGGUGGAGAGGACCUCAAAAUGGCUGAAGAUGCUGAAGAGCUGGGACAAAUACAAGAACAGCGAGAAGCUGGUCAGGAGGGUCUAUAAGGGAAUCCCCCUGCAGCUCCGAGGGGAGGUGUGGUGUCUGCUGCUCGAUAUUCCCAAAAUAAAGGAGGAGAAGAAAGACUUCUACGAGAAACUAAAGGCCAGAGCAAGAGGAAUCUCCCCAGACAUCCGUCAGAUCGACUUGGAUGUGAACCGCACCUACAGGGACCACAUCAUGUUUAUGCAUCGCUACGAUGUCAAGCAGCAGGCUCUCUUCCACGUCCUCACAGCGUACUCCAUGUACAACACGGAGGUGGGCUACUGCCAGGGCAUGAGUCAGAUCACAGCUCUGCUGCUGAUCUACAUGAAUGAAGAGGACGCCUUCUGGGCUCUGGUCAAACUGCUGUCUGGGCAGAAGCACAGCAUGCACGGGUUUUUUAUCCCCGGCUUCCCGAAGCUGAUGCGUUUCCAGGAGCACCACGACCGCAUCCUCAGGAAGAUGAUGCCCAAACUGAAGCAGCACCUGGACAACCAAGAGGUGUUAACCAGUCUCUACACCAUGAAGUGGUUCUUCCAGUGUUUCCUGGACAGAACUCCCUUCACCCUCACGCUCAGGAUCUGGGACAUCUACAUCUUGGAGGGGGAACGAGUGCUGCCCACGAUGUCCUACACCAUCCUCAAACUGCACAAGAAGCACCUGAUGAAGCUGUCCAUGGAGGAGCUGGUGGAGUUCCUGCAGGUGUCUUUGUCCAAAGAUUUCUUCUUCGAGGACGACUUUGUGGUGGAGCAGCUGCAGGCGUCCAUGACGGAGCUCAGGAAGGUGAAGCUGGAGCUGCCCGCACCAGGUAAAGAAGAAGAGUUUCCCAAGAAGCCUCUUGGGCAGCUUCCUCCUGAGGUGGCGUUGGUGAACCACGUGGCCAACGGUCAAAGCCACGCCGAUCCAGCCGAGCCGCCAAGGGAGCCGAGUCCUGUACCGGAGCGCCAGCGGGAGAGUCGGCCCCCAAGUCGGUCACGCCGGAACUCGCUGGAGAAAUUGGUCCGCCACCACAAGGCGGACAAAAGGGACAUGCGCUCCAGAGGAUCCGGGGAGAUCCCCAAUGAGCAUCGAAAGCAGUCCACCUCCACCACACCUGAGAGGGGAGCGACUACGCCCUCAGCCGCCACGCCUACACCACAGCUCAUCACGGGGGAUAGAGGGAAGCCUCAGAGCCACGCCAUCGCCAACCAUAACUCCAACGCGGCGUCGAGUUCUCGCAGGGAAAUCACCCCCCGGUGGUUCAAACCCUCCGAGACGAAGCUGGAAGCGGUCAAGGCCGCGGCCCGGGAGGUCCAUCUGAGCAGAGGGGCGUCUCCGGCCCCGUCGAGCCCAGAAGACAGCGCACUGCCCCACCGGCAACCGCGCUCCAAGGGCUUCGUCGCCGACACCAACCGUGGCUCCAACGCCUCCCAGUAUGACAACGUACCGGGGCUGACAGAGCAGGAGUUCGAGAUCAUGGAGCUCGACAGACCUCCGUCCAGAAUGAGGACCCCUCGCAGUGAGACGCCCUUCAGUGCGUCGUCCCUCCAUCAUGGAAGCCCCAGUUUGGCCGGGAGCGUCGUCUCCGUGGCGUCAGGGCCCCGGAUGGUCAAACACCCUCUUCCUCCUGGUUUUUCCCAGAACAGUCCAGGAGGGGUCCACUCGAGCUACCCCGGCAGCCAGUUCAACACCCCUCCCCAGCAGCACUCCCCAAGCAGAACCACCACCGAAGUCCCCAUCCUACAUCCCGCAUACAGCGUGAGCCUGGACCACAGAGGGGAGGACAGACUUUAUGCUCCGCCCGCUCGGUUUACCCCGCCCUCCAGUGUGGUGUACGGGGAGCGAACGUACGCCGCCACCACCCAGCGCCCGAGCAACAGCCACUCCCCAGAGAAGGCGCUCAUGAACAACUCCUACACCACCUAUCGCAGGCAGCCCCCACCGAGCUCCAACCGAAACGCGAGGCCUCCACCGGAGCACUCCCUGCACCUGGACACCCAGGGGCGCUCCACCCCUAUCUACCUGCAACAGCUCACCUCCACCGCACAGGUAUACGGGUAUGAGGGGCAUCAGAGAGGCGAGGCCAUCCCGCACUACCUGCCAGGAGGCGAGGCCAUCCCGCACUACCUGCCAGGAGGCGGGCCUCGGCGGCCUGUGGACGGGCUCCCGUGGGCGCCAGAGGACCAACUGCCCCUCCAGUCCCCAGGUGGGAUGCCACGCUCGCCCAGCUUCCAGCAAGCCCAAAUGUCCCCAGUUCAGGAGUUCUCUUUCCCGCCGAAACCAGACGGCCUGCUCCACUACAGGACUCAGUUCCAGGAGCAGCAGCCCGUCAUGAGGCAACAGCACCCCCAGCUGUUUGGAGGACCACACUACAGGCACGCACAGGAGGCGUUUGCCAUGCAGGAGUCCAUGCUGCUGUGAUUGGACGAUAAGGAAACGGCAAAACACUGUAAAAAAAAAUAUAAACUGAGGUGUAGUCACUGACACUGUGGUAAAGAUGAGCAGUAGUCCUGGUUUUGUUUCUGCUCUGUUGUUCUUUAUGUGUGAAGUACAACCUUCUGACUGUCACGCUGCAUCGUAACGUUGCAGGACGCACCAGCCUCCGAAGUUUUUACCGAUCACUUUAAAAAAACUGACUGAAGAUUUUAUUUUAUUUUUGGAUGUAAAUCAUUAACGAGAGGUGACAGUAUAUAUCUUUUAGAGUCUGAUAUGUACAGUGGAUUCUUUUUGUUAAUAUGCUGAGUUGUUAUCAGUACACUCCUGGAAAAAACAAAAACUCUGAUUUAUUUUCCAUCUUUAUUUUUUUAUAUGUUACCUAACAGAUAUUUAGAGAUCGGUUUACUCUAUAUGCUUGUGAAUGUUAUUUUUCAAAGAGAAGAAAUAAUACUAUGUCCAAUGAUAGAGAUAGAGAGCAGUGACGAUUUGAUUUCCAUUUCAAUUUUCCAGCACCACCACAGUAGAAAGAGCAGGGUUUAUUUUUUAAUCUUUACUUCUCAGUUUCAGUGAUUUUUAUUCCUUCCUGAUUAACUGAUGUGCAAUUCAUCUCUCUAACAUACGUGAAGAAAAGUGCAUUUGAGGCCAGUUUUUGGUUAAAUCCCAACCCUGAUUAGAGAAUCGAGGCUUAGAGAGUUAAUUUGUGAGGGCUAAUAAUAUAUAUAUUUUGUUUUGUGUGGCUUUAAGUCAUCUGAUUUGCUUUGUAACCAUAGGUAACAUGUCUUUCUUUAACUGCUGUACUGUAGUUACCACAUCUUGAGCACAUGCAGCCAGAGAUGGAUGUGAACUAGUUUCAGCAUAUGUUUGCUUUUCUUCAUUACGUUUUAUUAUUCUCAACACUGUCAUAUCAACUGCUGUUCAGCUGUUGGCACUUCCACUGGCAUACAGAGUCAUCUGACACACACACACACACACACACACACACACACACACACACAUAUGCACACACUACAUGUCACAAAUGUGUGAGUCACACAUUACAACAUUUAAUCACCAUCACAUUCCUUUUUAUUAUUCAGCAUACUCUGGUUUUGAAGAGGUUAUUCUCAAACAGUAUUGCCGUACUGUUCAUUACAUUCCCUAAGUUAUCUUUGUUUUUUGUUAAACAACUAACUGCAGACCAUUCUGAUACUUUGCUUAAUAAAAUGAGGUGGGUGAAAGUGAAUCUAUGGCUCCGUCUUUGACUUGUUGUAAAUCAGAGGUUUGUUUUCAAAUGGUUUUUUUCUGCUGCUUUCCUUUUCCCACUAAUAAUGAAACUCUGCCCCCAAGUGGGGACAUG